UGGACUCCCCCAGUUCCCUCCUUAGGCGUUCCUCCGUGCGCUUACUUAGGUGUAAGUAGUAGGAGCGGGACGUCUGUGUAAGCAUGGCUAGGCGGCUGGAGCUGAGAAGGUUCCGUGGUUGGAACGGCUCGAUCGACGGAAGGUGUUUUUUGGCAAGAGGAAAAUUGUAUCCAAGGAUGAAUUAGGAACCUGAGAGCCCUUUGUCUGCGUGAUGGAGACCAGGGGGUCUGUGAUCUUCAGCAUGCAAGAAGCUCAGCGCCUCUCAGUGGAGAAGAAUCCAAGCCCAGCCAACGGGAAUGCAGAACCGUUUGAAUCAGAUGAAAGUUCAAAUUCUGAGGAUGAUGAUUUCAACUGGGACGAGUACUUGGAAGAAUCGGGGUCGAGCGCCGCCCCUCACACUUCAUUUAAGCAUGUGGAAACCAGCCUCCAGAGCAGCUUCCAGCCAGGGAUGAAGCUCGAAGUGGCCAACAAGCAUAAUCCGGAUACUUACUGGGUAGCGACCAUCAUCACGACAUGCGGCCAGCUCCUGCUGCUGCGUUACUGCGGUUACGGGGACGACCGCCGGGCUGAUUUUUGGUGUGACGUCAUGACGGCUGACCUCCAUCCUGUGGGCUGGUGCACCCAGAACGGCAAAGUGCUGAUGCCGCCAAACGCUAUCAAAGAGAAGUAUGCGGACUGGACAGACUUUCUCAUACAUGACUUGACGGGCUCCCGAACAGUGCCUGCAAACUUAUUGGAAGGCCCUCUGCGAGGGAAAAAUCCUGUAGACCUCAUUACAGUUGAUUCCUUAAUAGAGCUGCAGGAUUCGCAAUAUCCCUUUCAAUACUGGAUAGUUAGUGUUCUUGAGAAUGUUGGAGGAAGAUUACGUCUUCGCUAUGUGGGAAUGGAGGAGACUGAAUCCUAUGACCAGUGGUUGUUUUACUUGGAUUACAGACUUCGACCAGUUGGUUGGUGUCAAGAGAAUAAAUACAGACUGGCUCCGCCAGCAGAAAUCUAUUCUCUGAAGACCGUGUCUCAUUGGCAAUCGGCUCUAGAAAAAUCCCUUACUGAGGCCGCAAAGUUUCCUCUCCCAAUGGAGGUGUUUAAGGAUCACGCUGACUUGAGGAACCACUCGUUCGCUGUGGGGAUGAAGAUGGAGGUGGUGGAUAGAAAAGAGCCAUACAGGAUUUGCCCAGCAACAGUAACUAAGGUUUUUAAUAAUCAUUUUGUUCAAGUAACCAUUGAUGACCUCCGCCCUGAAGCUAGCAAAACUUCAGUCCUCUGCCAUGCUGAUUCCCUAGGAAUCUUGCCAGUACAGUGGUGCCUUAAAAAUGGAGUCCAUCUCACACCUCCCCAAGGUUAUUCCAGCCAUGACUUUGACUGGGCGGAUUACCAGAAGCAAUGUGGGGCGGAAGCCGUUCCAGAGGUCUGCUUUAAAAACGUAUCCUUCAGCCGCGGCUUUAUGAAAAACAUGAAGCUAGAGGCUGUGAAUCCCAAAAACCCAGCCGAAAUUUGUGUGGCUUCUGUCACCUCAGUGAAGGGAAGGUUAAUGUGGCUCCACUUAGAAGGGUUACAAGUGCCUGCUUCAGAUUACAUAGUUGAUGUAGACUCAAUGGCCAUUUUCCCGGUCGGCUGGUGUGAAGCAAAUGCUUACAAGUUAUCGGCCCCACGAAAAGCAGUUCUACAAAGGACGAGAAAGAUUGCAGUGGUGCAACCAGAAAAGCAGCUACCGUCUGCAGUGCCUGUGGAGAAUAUGCUUCAUGACCCUUGUAUAAUCCCUCAGCCCGAUGCAAUGGGUCUCGUCAACGGGCGAUACAGUUGUCCUGCCCUAUUCAUCAACCACCGUUGCUUCUCAGGACCCCAUUUGAACAAAGGAAGAUUAGCAGAGCUACCUCAAUCUGUUGGGCCUGGCAAGUGUGUACUUGUUCUUAAAGAGGUCCUUCGCAUGGUCAUCAACUCGGCUUACAAGCCCGGGAGCGUUUUACGGGAGCUGCAACUCGUGGAAGACCCCAGGUGGAACUUUCAAGAGGAGACGCUCAAAGCAAAAUACCGAGGGAAAACCUACAGGGCAACUGUCAAGAUUGUCCGCACGUCAGACCAAGUCCUGGAUUUCUGCCGGAGGGUCUGCACCAAGCUGGAAUGCUGUCCAAAUUUAUUCAGCCCUGUGCUGGUUACCGAAACCUGCCCAGAAAACUGCUCCGUCCAUACGAAAACAAAGUAUACUUAUUACUACGGGAAGAGAAGGAAAGUCAUUAAGCCUCCAGUUGGUGAGACCCGCAGCUGCAACUUGGAGAGAAAACACGGCAAGCCAGCGAGGCGUAGGAAGAGGCGAAAAGCCAUCUUAGCACAAAAGAAAAGGCAGCUGUCACCAACCGAUCUGAACACAGCCGGAUCUGCAGAGGAGAGUGAUGAAGAAAUGCCAGAGGCCCUGGAAGAUGAGACGUGGAGUGAAGAGACCGGCCCAGAGCUUCAUGAUGAUCAGACAGACUACUCGUCUGCAGAGGUGCCUCUGGCCAGGCCCAGGAGUGCUAUGAAGCUGCGAAGCAGUACAGAAUCCGAGCGAUCUGCUCAAACCGAGCGAGGGAGGAGGGCUCGGAAAGCUCUCUCUUUCUUGUGUGCCAAGGGGCCGAAGAGGGCUCGGAUCAAGCAAGAAAUAAAGCAAGAACCUGAGGAGAAACUCAUUUUGGAUAGCAACCCACUGGAGUGGACUGUUACGGAUGUUGUGAGGUUCAUCAGGCUGACAGAUUGUGCUCCUCUUGCCAAAAUAUUUCAGGAACAGGAUAUUGAUGGCCAAGCUCUGCUCCUGUUGACGCUUCCGACAGUCCAGGAAUGCAUGGAGCUGAAGCUCGGCCCAGCCAUCAAACUGUGCCACCAGAUCGAACGGAUCAAGCUGGCUUUCUAUGCCCAGUACGCCAACUGAUGCCUCUGCUGCCUGCUCUUCCGCCUCCUUUCUGGCACCUGAGAUCCCCAGUGUUCAGCAGCACAGAGAGAAAGACUUGGCAAGAACUAACUUUCAAGGAAAAUAAUAAAGUGAGCCCGAACAAGCAUUUGAGCCAUUGUCGAGGAGGCCUCAGAGUGACUGUCUUGCCAUUCUUCAUAAUGCAGUAAACCUUUGGGACCCAUAGGAGAAGCCAAAAAUUAUUCCAGAAGCCCUCUUUUGCUCUCUCCAGCUCUGGAGCAGCCAAGGUGGUGAGAGAAAGAUCGACACCCAUGGCAGAUCUGCACUUUACAGUUCUGUUUGUUUUCUGUCACUUUCACUGUCAUGGCUUCCCCAAAGAACUGUGGGAAACGUAGUUUAGCAUAUUGCUGAGAAUUCUUCUGGAGAUUCUCCCCCCCCACACACACACACACACUCUCACACAUUACAGGUCUCACAGUUCCCUGGGGCAUAGGAACAGAUUUGCUAUCGUCCAGCUGGAUCCUUGAAUUCGCCUAGAAUUAUAACUGAUCUCCAGACUACAGAAAUGGUGGAGGAAAUGGUAUUUUGGUAGGUAGAAUAUAUGGAAUUGCAUCCUCAUUAAGCUCCCACUCCAAACUCCGCCCUCUCCAGGCUCCUCCCCCAGGUCGCCAGGAAUUUUUCAAGCUGAGGUUGGCAACCAUACAUAGGAAUGAUUGUUAAACUUGUUUUUUUGUAAGAAUUGAAGAGGGCAGGGGGAGCACCUAAGGUUUUCUGAUGGAGAUAUUCGCUGACAACUACAGUUCCUGGGAUUCUUUGAGGAGACACAUGAGAGUUAAAAUGCUUUAGACCAGCCCUCUCUUCAAAAAGAACCUGUUAAUUGGAUCUAGGGUUUCCAGCACUUCCUUGGAAAGUGCUGAGAGAUUUUAAGGGUGGUGCCUGGGAAACAAUGGAGUUUGGAGAGGAUGAGAUGUCUCUUCUGAGUAAUGCUUUAAGAAUUUCCCCCUAUUUUCUAUGAUAGUGACCAUAGACACAUGGGGAAAUUCCUAGAGUGUCUUUAUGGAGGCCGUUCCCCCCCCCCACUCCUCAGUUUCUCAAGGACAGGGGAUUGGGGUUAAGGUCAGGGGUUUACCCGUCACAGGAGGAAAAAUGGCAAGCCUAGCAGGAGCAGUGUUUGACAGGUGAGUUCUUCAUAUCCAUGCCUGAAUUACCCCUUCCUCUUCCUGCCCAGGUACAGCUUUGUAUGUGAUCAAUUUUCCUAGAGGCAUAUCAUUUCUGUGUAAGUACAGCUGUGGGGAUAACAAAAUGCAUGCGUGUGUUGCUUAUGGAAUUCACCUGCUUUUUCAUACACAGAAGUGACAUCCAUGUGCGAACCCCUUGGGGGGCAACAGAGAAGGGAAAUAAACAUGUUUACAACAUGGAACCAGCUCCUGCAAUCCAAGAUUUACAGCGAAAUCCUAAGCAGAGUUAGUCCAGUCUAAGCCCAUUGAUUUCAUUGGGCUUAGAUUGGAGACACUCUGCUUAGGAUUUCACUGAUUCCUUUUCCAACUCUGUAGGCUGUGAUGGGGUUCUUCAUGGAUUAAUUUUUUUGCCCCCUAGGAAUUUUUCCAGUACAUAAUAUGUGCAUUAUUUGCAAAUUAUUGAGUAUAAUUUAUAAUGGUUUAGCCAAGGAAGAAAUAUACAAGUUUGUGAUCCCAGCAAGAUCCCAGAGUGGAUGUAAUUUGCCCUCUUCUUUCUGCUCAGUUCAGAAUUCCUCGAUAGCUGCACCACCACCCUCCCAAGGCAAUGCUCUGUAAACCUCCUCCCCGUUUCCAUUCAGCUCCAACCCACACGACCUUUGCUUCACCAUCCAUAACUGAAAAGCACAUCCUUCUCUCACUCCCACCACUCUUGAGAACACGGUUGCCUCGAGAGAACCGAGUGUGUGCCGUACAACUCGGGCAGCGACUUCUUUUUGAAAAUUCUGCCUAUCAGAUGCAGGGGGUAGGACGAAGGAGGAGGAGAGAGAAAGGAUUUUUUAAAAAAAUUAACCCCCUCUUCCUCCAAGCCCUCAAGGUACGUGUUCCCCCUUCCCCUUUUUAUCUUCACAUGGGAGGUUUGGUUGAGAGAGAAUGAUUGUCCAGUAUCUCCGAGCGAGCUUCCACACCCGAGUGAAAAUUCAAACCUGGGACUUUCAGUUCCCAGCUUAACAUUCUAAUCACUACCUUAACUAGAUCUCAGGAAACCAACCUCCCUCAGGUUUUUUACUUACACCAUCAGCUUCUGGACUAGGCUGAGGAAAGCUAAUUACACAACUGAGACCUAUUUGCAUCUACAGCCCAUCCAUUGAAGUAUAUGAGCAGAAAAGUCCCUACGGAAUUAGGGUGGCAAUGGAUAAUUCUGCCACCCUUUUCUUGAUUGUUAAUAGCUACAGCUGGAAGGGACAGCCUUAGGUGUGUGGUAUGAUCAACUCCCUAUAACUCUUUGGCUUUUAUCAAGAAACGAACCCGCUUACAAUCGAAAAGUAUUUUGAAAGCAAAUCUAGAGACAAAAUAUUGUGAAAAUUAUACGUUUUACAGGACAUGAGGAUAUACUGUUAAUUCUUCUGUACAAGAUGGUAUUUGGUAUGUGUGCAUAUAUAUAGUAUGUAUGUAUGUAUAUGAUUUUGUGUAAAUAAUGGACAAAAAAUCUAUAUUUAGAGUUAUAUUUUAAUUUUUAUGCAAAAAGAAACAACCCUCUUUUUACUUGAAGAAUUGUAAGCCAGGUUGUUAAUAAAGUCGUACGAACGCU